GUCAUAGCCGCGCGCCGAGCCCGGCCGGAUUGAGAGGGUGAGACGAUGGCGGCGGCUGUGGCCGUGGGGGCCAGCGACCCCGGGCCCACACAAGAGUUGCUGGUCGCCUGGGAUACCGUGAGCACAGGACUGGUGCCCCCGGCCGCGCUGGGACUGGCAUCCUCCCGUACCAGCGGUGCUGUCCCGCCCAAGGAGGAGGAGCUACGCGCAGCGGUGGAGGUCCUGAGAGGCCACGGCCUGCACUCGAUCCUGGAGGAGUGGUUCAUAGAGGUGCUGCAGAACGAUCUACAGGCCAACAUCUCCCCCGAGUUCUGGAAUGCCAUUGCCCAGCGCGAGAACUGUGCGGAUGAACCUCAGUGCCUGGCCUUGCUCCUGGACGCUUUUGGCUUGCUGGAAAAUCGCCUGGAUCCCUACUUGCACAGCCUGGAGCUCCUGGAGAAAUGGACUCGCCUGGGCUUGCUGAUGGGCACCGGCGCUCAGGGGCUACGGGAAAAGGUCCACACCACUUUGCGGGGCGUCCUGUUUUUUUCCACCCCCAGACCCUUUCAAGAGAUGAUUCAGUGCCUGUAUGGGCGCUUCUUGAGAGUCUAUAUGCAGAGUAAGAGGAAAGGGGAAGGGGGCACAGACCCAGAACUGGAGGGCGAAUUGGACAGCAGGUACGCCCGACGCCGGUAUUACCGGCUUCUGCAGAGCCCACUGUGUGCAGGAUGUGGCAGUGACAAACAGCAGUGCUGGUGCCGACAGGCGCUAGAACAGUUUCAUCAGCUCAGCCAGGUCCUACACAGGCUCAGUCUGCUAGAGCGGGUCAGUGCCGAGGCUGUCACCACUACCCUGCACCAGGUGACACGGGAGCGGAUGGAGGACCGCUGCCGAGGCGAGUACGAGCGCUCUUUCCUCCGUGAGUUCCACAAGUGGAUUGAGAGGGUGGUUGGCUGGCUGGGCAAGGUGUUUCUGCAAGAUGGGCCUGCCAGAGCUGCGUCCCCCGAGGCUGGGAAUUCCCUGCGCCGCUGGCGCUGCCAUGUGCAGAGGUUCUUCUAUCGCAUCUACGCCAGCCUGCGCAUCGAGGAGCUCUUCAGCAUCAUCCGAGACUUCCCAGACUCCCGGCCUGCUGUCGAGGACCUCAAGUACUGCCUAGAGAGGACAGACCAGCGACAGCAGCUACUCCUCUCCCUCAAGGCUGCUCUCGAGACACGACUCCUUCACCCAGGUGUCAACACAUGCGACAUCAUCACCCUCUACAUCUCUGCCAUCAAAGCACUGCGUGUGCUGGACCCAUCAAUGGUCAUCCUGGAGGUGGCUUGUGAGCCAAUCCGCCGUUAUCUCAGGACAAGGGAAGACACCGUGCGGCAGAUUGUGGCUGGGCUGACAGGGGACUCGGAUGGAACAGGGGACCUGGCCAUCGAGCUGUCCAGGACGGACCCCGCGAGCUUGGAGACUGGCCAGGACAGUGAGGACGACUCUGGCGAGCCGGAGGACUGGGUCCCUGACCCUGUGGAUGCUGACCCAGGGAACUCCAGCUCCAGGCGACGCUCUUCAGACAUCAUCAGCCUGCUAGUCAGUAUCUAUGGCAGCAAGGAUCUCUUCAUCAAUGAAUACCGCUCCCUGCUGGCGGACCGCCUCCUGCACCAGUUCAGCUUCAGCCCUGAGAGGGAAAUCCGCAACGUGGAGUUACUGAAACUGCGCUUUGGCGAGGCCCCCAUGCACUUUUGUGAGGUCAUGCUAAAGGACAUGGCGGACUCCCGCCGCAUCAAUGCCAACAUUCGUGAGGAGGAUGAGAAGAGGCCCGCAGAGGAGCAGCCGCCCUUUGGUGUCUAUGCUGUCAUUCUGUCCAGUGAGUUCUGGCCCCCCUUCAAGGAUGAGAAGCUGGAAGUCCCUGAGGACAUCCGAGAGGCCCUGGAGGUCUACUGCAAGAAGUAUGAGAAGCUGAAGGCCAUGCGGACCCUCAGCUGGAAGCACACCCUUGGGCUGGUGACUAUGGACGUGGAGCUGGCUGACCGAACCCUGUCUGUGGCCGUGACCCCUGUGCAGGCUGUGGUCUUGCUGUACUUCCAGGACCAAGCCAGCUGGACCCUGGAGGAGCUGAGCAAGGUGGUGAAGAUGCCGGUGGCGCUGCUGCGGCGCCGCAUGUCAGUGUGGCUGCAGCAGGGCGUGCUGCGGGAGGAGCCAGCCGGCACCUUCUCAGUGGUGGAGGAGGAGCGGCCCCAGGACCGGGAUAGCAUGGUGCUCCUAGACAGCGAUGACGAGAGUGACUCGGGCAUGGCAUCCCAGGCUGACCAGAAAGAAGAGGAGCUGCUGCUCUUCUGGACGUACAUUCAGGCCAUGCUGACCAACCUGGAGAGCCUGUCGCUGGAGCGCAUCUACAGCAUGCUGCGCAUGUUCGUGGUGUCCGGCCCCGCGCUGGCCGAGAUCGACCUGCAGGAGCUGCAGGGCUUCCUGCAGAAGAAGGUGCGGGACCAGCAGCUCAUCUAUGCUGCUGGCGUCUACCGCCUGCCCAAGAACUGCAGCUGAGCCCCUGCCAGGCUCCUCCCCAAUGCCCAGCCCCCCCAUGCCCCAUCAAGCCCCACCCUAUGCCCUGCCCCCGUGUAGAGUAAAGCUGAUGGCUCUUA